UAUAUGCUGUUGGGUUUUUUCUUCCAGUCCGAAGUCUUCCACAUUACUGUUUACGGCUCGAUUAUGUAAACGAUUUAUCUGACGUAAACGUUUGAUAAAGCAGUUACAGUCUUCAGUACGAAACAUUUAGCCAACAGUUAAAUUAGAAUAGUCCAAGUUUUCAGAGGUUUGCAGUCAUGACUGAAGAAACGUGGGAUGUUGUUAUUGUCGGCGCUGGGCUGUCAGGACUGAGUGCUGCUCAGACUCUGCGGAAGAGAAAUGGCAAACUCAGAAUAUUAAUUCUGGAAGGAAAAGACCGGGUAGGAGGACGAACUGUUACCCAGGAAUUACCUGCCGCCCACGGCAUUGAUCGCUGGGACAUGGGAGGGCAGUGGGUUGGCAGCACUCAGACCUACGUCAUGGACCUCAUUCAGGAGUUUGGCCUGGAGGUCUACACACAAUACACCACAGGCAAGAAAGUGCACCACGUUGGUGGUCCUCAUGCCAAGGUUCGCACCAGCAGCACCAGUAUCCCUGCCCUCUCUACACUGGUGCUACUGGACCUGUCACAGCUCGUCUGGAAGAUUGACAGGUUGAGUUCCACAGUGUCAGUGGAGGACCCCAUGAAGACCCCCAAUGCCCAGGAGUUGGACAGUAUGACCCUACAUUCCUACAUAGAGAAACAUGCCUGGACAGAAGAGAUGAAGGAGGAGAUGGGUGUGUGCAGCCGGGUUGUGUUUGGCAUGGAGCCCAAUCAGAUGUCCUUCCUCUACUUCAUCAUGUAUGCUGCAGCAGCUGGAGGCGUCCUGUGCCUGCUGGAGAGCACCCCAGGCUCAGCGCAGGAGUUCAGGGUCAAGACAUUGGACUGUACGGCUGCUCUGUGUCCACAGGGGGGAACCCAGCAGCUGUCAGAGCGUUUAGCCCAGCAGAUUGGGAGAGAGAGUGUCCGGCUGGGCCAGGCUGUGACGGCCAUAUGGCAGGAUGCUGAGCGGGCCAAGGUGAUGACAGCCACCCACUCCUACCUGUGCAGAGCAGUGAUUGUCACCUGCCCUCCUCACCUGGCAGCUAAGAUCCACUACCAACCUGCUCUACCCAUUCAGAGAGAACACCUCACACAGAACAUGCCUGUUGGGCACUUGAUGAAGUUUGUCAUCACCUACCAGAUGGCGUUCUGGCGUGAGAAGGGUUACUCGGGAGAGAUAGUGGCACGACCCUCUGCGGAGUGUCCCUUGAGCGUCACCUUCGACGGCACCAGUCCCAGUGGGAGUGCUGCUCUCGUGGGCUUCAUCUCUGGCGUGCAGGCCUACAAUUGGAGCUCCAGAGAGCUGAGCGAGAGGAGGGAUGCUGUCAUUCUCAGCCUGGUGAAAUACCUGGGAGAGGAGGCUGCCAGCUACAUCCACUAUGAGGAGAAAGACUGUGUGUUCCAGAUGUACUCUGCUCUGUGUUGUCAGGACUGGGCCUUGGAGGAGUACAGCGGUGGUUGUCCUGUUAAUGUCAUGGCACCGGGGAUGCUGACAUAUUACCACCCCAGCCUCUGCAUGCCCUGUGGCAGGAUCCACUGGGCCGGCACGGAGACGGCCACCAAGUGGUGUGGCUACAUGGAUGGGGCAAUUCAGUCAGGUCAGAGGGCAGCCCUUGAAGUCCUAGCCAGGCUGUGCCCUUUCACCCUGACCCAGGAGGAGCAGGAGGCUAUGCAGGCUGCCCAGAACCAGAACCAUGACUCUGGACCAUGCCAACACUUACCUUCCACGUCCCAUCUCCGCAGGGCUCUGAUCCUCACCACGCUCAUCAUGGCCACUGCUCUACUAUUGGCUCAGCCCCAGCUCUGCCGAGACUGGAUUGGACAAGCUCGGCAGGUAGUGCUACGGAGGUUUGCUUUGUGGCAGUAAAAUAUGCUGUUGUGUUGGCAAAACAUCCACUUGAGAGGGAAAUGCCUCCCCUCACAGAUAUCUAAAGAUGUUAAAUACGAUUGAAUUAUCUGUGACAUACAGUACGGUUAACACUGUUUGCCUGGUGGACAUGUUUCAUUUAAAGAAAUGUAAUGCUUGUACGGUGUAAUGUGGUGGUGGGUGAGACUAUACAGAAAAAACACUUUUACUUUGGACUGCAUUGUACUGUAAGUAAAUGAAAUUAUAUGUAAAGGGCUUUAUUUAUGAACAUUCCCUACAGUCGUAUUAAGUCAUACAGUGCCGUCAGAAAGUAUUCACACCCUUGACUUUUUCCACAUUUUGUUGUGUUACAAAAGUGGGAUUAAAAUGGAUUUCAUUGUAAAAACAAUUGUCAACAAUCUACACAAAAUACUCUGUAAUGUCAAAGUAGAAGAAACAUUCUAAAAUGUAAAAAAGUGUAUGAAAAAUAAACACAUAUCUUGAUUACUGAGUCAA